AAUUUUAGAUUUGCGUAAUCUAAUGGGAGUCUUCAAUUUCAAUCUUGUACAACAAUACAACACAUGAAACACACACGGGUCAAAACUCAACCAAGAUGUGUUCUCUCUUCUCUUCACUCCUCUCUUAAUGUUCUAAACUCAACCCAACAUUCAUGUUACUAAACUAAUCAAAACCCAUUUCAUAAAACUCUCUCAAUCAUCAAACAAUGGCCUCGAAUUCGAUUCUGGGCCCUUGUUAUCUGAAUCUGUUCUGCCUUACAUACUUGUCUAUAAUUUUUUUAUGUUUUCUCGGCCACUGUUUCUCGUACGACCAAGUACAACAACGUGGUGGUCUGUACAAUUCCUUCACCGUUUCGAGCUAUAGUUAUUCCAGAAUUGAGCUUAAACCCUACCAAUGGCGUUACAUCAGAGUUGAUUUGCCUCAAUGGUUCUCUUCAAUGUCUAUAGCGCUGGAGUCAGAUGUAGACCUUGAUACAAAAAGCAUUAAGAAAGUUCCCACAAGUACGCUACCAGUGAUAUGCUUACGAGAAGGGAGCCCCCCUCUGCCAGAUGCUUCUAACACUUCUUUGACAGGUUUAGUUUUAGAUCCUAUAUCAAAUGGAUCUUUUGGAGACAUUCAAGGUCUUCAGAAUGCAGAACUGUGCUAUCCCCUCCAGAAAAAUAUAUCUGUGAUUCUGACGAAUGAGCAGAUCUCUCCCGGAGUCUGGUAUUGGGGCCUAUUUAAUGGCAUCGGACCUGCGAGGACACAGUCAAAGAUGAUUAAUCGAGGUUCAACAUACUCAGUCAGUGGCAAUAUAAGUGUGGAAGGAUGUGCAGCCCCGACGCUGUCAGGCCAAUAUUGCAACCAAACAGUUGAUCUGCUUUCCUGUGCUGAUAGCUCCAAUUUAACCCAAAAUCUCCUAGAUGCUAAAUUGUACAAUCAAACAGCAGAGAAUGUGGUCUUUUGCAGAAAUUCAGAUCAGAAUUCUUGUCAUGGAGUCAGUGAACCGAAAAUCUACUCCUUGGAUGUAGCGGGGAUAGCAGAACAAUUAACCAUAAUGGCAAUGAAUGUGAGAUUGAAUGAAACAACUUCGUCCAAUGGUACUGGGAAUGAUAGUGGAAUUAUUUUGAUGUGUUAUGCACGUCAAGGUGCAAUACCACUGCCCACUCUGCAUGAUUAUUCCUCCAACAUCAGUGAAGGCCCUUUGGUUAUACGCUCUCCGAAAGUUGGUCGUUGGUACAUUGCAAUUCAUCUUGUUAAUUUGUCAAGUGAAAUUGGAGGGUUUGAGGGCAUGAAUGUGACUGUUUGCUAUUCAUUGGACUGGCUGAUGCUUCAAUGUCCUGAGGGUAAGGCUGGAUUGAACUGUACAUGGGAAAGAUACAUUCUUCAGACAGUUCUCAGGAAGAAUCCAUCCGACACUUUCGAAUCUUAUUAUUUACCAAUAAGUGGAAAGGUUUCGUCAGAUUCAGCUGAUUUCCCUCUCGAAACCCUUUUAAGCAACUCGUCAUACGAGGGAAAGUUUGAUUUUGCUUGGACCUACUUUCUUUUGGAUGCUCCUUUAGGUGCUGCAGGAGGCAAUCUCCACAUCCGACUAACAUCAGAUGCAAAGAUAAAUUAUGAAAUCUAUGCCAAAUAUGGUGGAUUACCGUCUCUUGACAGCUGGGACUACUUUUAUGCAAACACAACAAGCAGCAGCAAUGGCUCAAUGUUUUUUAAGCUGUAUGAUUCGGAUGAUGAUACUGUUAGUUUCUACAUCUUGUAUGUUAGAGGCGGACUGUGGAGUUUCGGGUUGAGGCACUUAAACCCUGGUGAUGGUGCUUCCAAAAAUCUAACUACUAUGUCUAUUUCAGUAGAAAGAUGCCCAAGGAGAUGCCUUCCUCACGGGAGGUGUCAGUCUAGUUUCGAUGCAAGUGGAUUAACAUUAUACAGUUACUGCUCUUGUGAUCGAGACCAUGGAGGCUUUGACUGUAGUGUUGAAAUUGUAACACAUAAAGGGCACAUAUGGCAAUCAACUGCCCUUAUUGUUUCCAAUGCUUUUGCUGUACUUCCUGCUUAUUGGUCCCUUCGGCAGAAGGCAUAUGCGGAAUGGGUGCUUUUCAUGUCUAGUGGUAUUUCUAGUGGAUUAUAUCAUGCAUGUGAUGUAGGCACCUGGUGCCCAUUACGUUAUCAUGUCUUGCAGUUUAUGGAUUUUUGGCUCUCUUUCAUGGCGGUGGUGAGCACUUUUGUAUACCUAGCUGACAUUGGUGAAGGUCCUAAGAGGACAAUUCACACAGUUGUAGCAAUUGUUACUGCCCUCAUGGCUGAAACCGGACCAACCAGCUCAACCAAUAUUGUUCUUGUAAUAGCAAUUGGGGCUUCAGGUCUGCUUAUUGCCUGGCUGAUUGAAUUUUGCACAAAAUAUAGGUCUCUUUCCUUUUCAACAGAAAUCUUUCUGAAUAUCCUUGACAGGUGGCAAACCAUUAAGGGAUGGCUCCAUAAUCUCAUGAUGACACUUGUAAAGCGUUUCCGAUGGGAAUUUGUACUUGCAGGGUUCGCUGUGUUAGCGAUGGCUGCAAUUAGCUGGACACUAGAGUCUAGCCAAAGCUACUGGAUUUGGCACAGUGUGUGGCAUGUUACCAUAUACACAUCUUCCUUCCUCUUCCUCUGUUCAAAAGCAAAAACCAGAGAUGGUGAGAAUGAAGGACCUCUGAAUGCAAACUAUGAGUUAACUCGGCAGGAUUCUUUUUCAAGAGGUGGAUAGCAAGAUGGGGAAAGACAACUUAUACUAGGUAUAAGCCUUGACAGAAUAUGACGAUUCGUGGUGAUGCUGAGACUGAUGAAGACAGUUUGCUUGCAUCAAUCAGAGCAACCACCAAAUAAGAUCAUCAACUGAAGUAGUUUGCUGUAAAUUCUUCUCAUUGAAUAGGGUAUUUAGUUUUGGGAAAUGGCUAAUUAAGUCACAAGUAUUUAUCAAUCUGUGCACAAAUUUUUUUUAAAAAAAAAUUAUACAGAAAAGAGCUUAGGCAACAGAGAAAUAUCGCUAGGAAUUAGGUUUUUUUUUUCCUUUAGAUUUUUAUCUUCUUUGCUACAUUAUGUUUAUAACUUUGUAUUAUUCUUUCUAUUAACAGAAUAAUAGAAGUAGAACUAUUCAUUUCAUGUGUCAAA